AGCGUGACUGUUGCCACCUGCUACUUUCUCAUUGACGCAAAUUCUCGUCCAGAUCCUGGGGUUUCUUGUUGACGCCAUUCUUGUCCUGGGGGUUCUGGAGAGUGUCAUUGCCAAAAAUCCUCUCGGCUUUCAUAAACCUCUCUGCUGAAGAAAAGCCAGAGAGAUUGAGGCUACACCUCUAUUAAUAGUAGUAGCUGGCUAGUUUGAAAAUGUUCCGACUGAGACCCUCCUUUCAAAAUCUGGCAAGGCGCCAUCCUGCUGGAAGAUCAUUUUCUUCCAAGGUGGCGCUCGACAAGGUGCUGGUAGCCAAUCGAGGAGAAAUUGCUUGUCGGGUCCUUCGGACGUGUCAAAGAUUGGGAAUUCCGACGGUAGCACUCUACAGUGUCGCCGAUGGACCCGAUGCACUGCAUGCCCGCAUGGCCGAUGAAGCCUACUUGAUUGGGACGGGACCUUCUCCAACUGACUCGUAUUUGCUUCAAGAUCAAGUUCUGGAAAUUGCUCAACGGGCAGGAGCCACAGCGUUGCAUCCAGGUUAUGGCUUUCUCAGCGAAAAUGCAGGGUUUGUCAACAAAGUUGAAGAUGCGUCCAUCCGAUUUAUUGGUCCACCUGCUUCGGCCAUUGAAGCAAUGGGAUCCAAAUCCAAAAGCAAGGCCAUUAUGAAGGACGCCAAUGUUCCCAUUACUCCUGGAUUCUUUGGAGAUGAAAACCAAGAUGUUGAAUUCUUGAAGCACAAGGCCGUCACCGAAGUGGGAUUCCCCCUAUUGAUCAAGGCCGUCAUGGGAGGUGGAGGCAAGGGAAUGCGUUUGGUAUGGAACGAAAGUGAAUUCGAAGAAGCAUUGGCUUCCUGUCAGCGAGAAAGUCAAUCUGCCUUUGGAGAUUCCGCCGUGUUGUUGGAAAAGUACUUGGUGCGACCACGACAUGUCGAAGUACAAGUCAUAGCAGACAGCUUGGGCAAUGCCGUUCAUUUAUACGAACGGGACUGUAGUUUGCAGCGACGACAUCAAAAGAUUAUUGAAGAAGCACCGGCUUCGGAUCUACCAGCGCCCAUUCGACAAGAACUGGGAGCAAUGGGCACUCGAGCCGCCCAAGCUGUGGGAUAUGUCAAUGCCGGGACGGUCGAGUUUUUGCUGGAUACCAAUGAUCCUGAAAAGUUUUAUUUUUGCGAAAUGAACACCCGAUUGCAAGUGGAACAUCCCAUUACCGAACAAAUCACCGGAGUGGACUUGGUCGAGUGGCAACUGCGGAUUGCCGCAGGCGAAGAAAUCCCCAUGAAACAAGAGGAUAUUCCCUGCAUGGGGCAUGCCUUUGAGGCUCGGAUCUAUGCCGAAAAUCCAGCCAGGGGCUUUUUGCCGGCAACAGGCACUAUCUGGCACCACUCUCCUCCUUGUGAAAUGAACACUGGUGCUUCCAAUACAGGCGUUCGAGUGGAUACGGGGCUUCAAUCCGGUCAGGAGGUUGGAGUCUACUAUGAUCCCAUGAUUUCCAAGUUGAUUGUUCAUGACCAGAACAGAGAGCUGGCAUUAGACAAACUUGUCAAGUCUCUCAAAGGAUACCAAAUUGGUGGAGUGCCCACGAACAUUGAAUUCUUGAUCAAGUGUGCCAAUCAUCCAACCUUUCGUCAGCCAGGGAAAUGCAACACGGGUUUCCUAGAGGACUUUGCAGACGAUGUUCACAUGGACGAGAGCACUAGACCAAGUCCUCUUGCCCAGUCCAUCGGAGCGUUCGCAGCCAUGCUUCGUUUGGAGAAAAGGAUUGGAACUCAACAGCACCAAUCCUCGCCAUGGUCGUCACUGUCAGGUUCUUGGAGGGCAGGCGACCGCGCAAGUCGCCCGCUAAAGCUAGCUGGUGAAGACAACGACGAUGGGUCACUUGUCAAGUGCAUUAGUAACCGAGACGGUUCGUUUGAUAUCCAAGUGGUAACGGAUGCGGGAGUGGAGGAAGAGUUCCACAUUUCUGGAUCGAUUGAUGAUCACGACAAUAUGCAAUUAGUUGUGAACGGGACUCAUCGAAUGACAACGACAACCAUUCUGAGGGAGUCUGAUGGCAUCCUCAGUGUUGGAGUUUGGGCCAAAGAGCCAAGCCAGACAGAAGAAUUCUUUUGGGAGAUUGACUUCGAACAUCCCCUCGCUCCAGUUUCUACGGGUGGGUCGCAGGGUGCCCUUGGCGACAAAGCCGUCAAGUCUCCUAUGCCAGGCAAAGUCGUUCGCGUGAACAAGGACGUGGGAGAUAGUGUGGAGGCCGGAGAAGUUGUGAUGGUCUUGGAAGCAAUGAAAAUGAAUCACUCCAUCACCAGUCCACGGGAUGGAUUCAUGGCUGAAAUUCGCUACAACGUCGACGAUAUCGUUAGCGAUGGAGCAGUGCUAUUCGUGAUGGAAGAGGAGGAAAACGAGGCCCUGGUUGGAUGAGAGGUGGUACGUCGAAGGAAACGCUAUAAACAGUCCCUGCAAAGUAGAGAUAAAGGCCUUUAGAGUUUACAUACCGCUACGAACCCUU